AUGGGUGGUAUUCCAUUCAAAUCAACCGGGUGCAAUACCUGCCGGCGGAGGAAAGUCAAGUGCGAUGAGGCCAAGCCCGAAUGUCUUCGGUGCGUCAAGAAUGGCCAUGUCUGCACCGGUUAUGAAAGGCAGAGGGUGUUCAUCCAUAAGUCUGCUUCAACGGCCAAGGAUUCGCAAAAGGUCGUCCAGAGGCCAAAAGAGAAGGAAAUCGCGCAGAGGUCUGCUGGGGCAAUAGUUGUGACCAAUCCUAUACAGCAGCUCCCUCGAUUUAAUGCUCGCCCCGAAGUGCGAUCUCAAUUAUUGGCGUCUUUCAUCAAUAGUUUCCUACCCCCCGCGCAGUUCUUAAAGACUCAUAAGAGUCUCUAUGAGACUCUCCCAGACCUGGUCGGAGGCAGCCCGCUCCUGGAUAGGGCAGUCAUCUCGCUUUCCUCGGCAUUUGUCGCAAAGAACAACCGUGACGAUCGGUUGCUGCAGUACAGCACCAAGCUUUACAGCCAAGCAAUGAAACUCCUCCAUUCGAAGAUCAUGAUGGGUAAGGGCUUGGGUAAGGACCUCUUAUAUACCACAAUCAUCUUUCAAGUAUAUGAAUUGAUCAAUUGCUCUCCAUCCGGAUUUCCUGCAUGGCUGGCCCAUGUACAGGGAAGUAAUGCCUUGAUCAAGCAGUGCGAUGGGCGAAGUAAGGAAGCUGUUGCUGAAAACCUAUUCCUCCGUCAGCUCAGAUUUGUCAUUCUGUGCGAUGCGAUUGGGAAACGACAAGCAGCAUGGCGCUAUAACAUCCCGACUCGAUCUAGUGAGCCCCCGGGAGACAAAAACGCACUUCCACCUGAACCCAUCGAUAUAUUCCUCGACAUAUUGAUCGAAUGUACGGCUCUCAUUGAGGAAGUAGACACUCUUCUGGACCAGGGAUAUAUGGCUAGAGGCUCUCGACGAGUAGGAGAACGCUUGUUACACUCGUGUCUGUCGCUCGAGGACAGGCUGCACAAUACUUGCAUCUGGAUGCAAGCCAAACUUGGUGUGCCGUCUUCACUCCCACGCGAUGCCAGUAUCCUAAAAGGAUUUAGAACCGCCGUUCCAAAAGACUUCUUCCCCCGGCCUCUCAACUUCCCAUCGCUCAGCUGUGCUGAAUCACACCUGAUUUAUUGGACAACCCUUGUCUUGCUUUAUCCCUUGAUCAACCAACUGUUCGACUUCCUCAGCCCUGAUUUCAGCCAGUCUGGAAGCCCUGUCUCCACAGCAUCCCCAUGUUAUCCGUCCAUCGAAACCGUCGAAACCCCGACCCCUCCUGCAGCCGAUACACAGAACCGAGCCGACUUUAUCGCUCUAACCGACGUCUAUGCCACAGAAGUCUGCCGCGCCGCAGCAUACUGCCUGCAACCAAGCAUGAAAGCAUUAGGCGGACAACUGCUCCUAUCACCCUUAAGCCAGAGCACACAAUUCUUCCAAGUCGAGCAGUCGAGCGAGAAGAUAAAAUGGUGUCAAGCGGUAUUUAUGUAUCUGCCACAAGUGGGAUUCGCCAUCGGCGUGUUUCUGAAGGACAUGGUCUGGCCACAGUAUCGGUUGUCGCAGAAGAGGAAGUCGCCUAGUCCGCCUGAGCAAAAUUCAAGAUAA